AUGCCCAAGCUAUCUGGGAAAACGGUAGUGCAAGCAUCAACCCUUUUCCAAACUCGGUGCAUAUCUAAUACGCCCAUGCUAUUGAAUUCCAAGAAAGACCAAAGCUCAUCAGAGCCAAACCAACAAACAGCAAACUCAGGAAGACCUUCCGUCUCAGACAGCGACAAACAACCGAGACAAGAAGGAAAGGCCAAAACCGUCGCCCAAGCAGACCAAGAGCUUCGCGAAAGACUAGAGAAGAUGUCUGGUGGUGGUGGGGCUUCCGGCAUCGAAUAUGAAGACGGCCAGCCCAACACCAUGAAGCGUGGUGUUAGGAAUAAUAUGUUCCGUUUGAUCUAA